CCGCGACCAGGGCCGCGGGUUUUGUGCAAAUCGAUGCCGUCGCGCUAUUUCAGCGCAGAUGGUGCCAGCGCCCAGAGGGAUGAUGCGACGAAGCGCGGCCGUGGUGGGCGCGGCAGCGGCCAGGGCGAGCACGGCAAGAAACGCAGGGACCAGGCAACCACGGAGUUGAGUACCGAGGCGUCGACUGCAGAAUUGGAGGCCAUCGUCUUUGGCACGGAUCCCAAGGCUUCGCCACCAGAUGCUCAUGGCGUCGGUGACGAUGGGGCCGCCGAAGCACGCGAAGAAACAAAUUUGAAUGGCGACACACAAGGCGCAGAUGUUGAAUUGUCCGGAAAUGGAAGGCCGCAGAAGAGGCGGAGGGGCAAGGCCGGCGCGCAGGCUCGCGGCCAGGGCGCGGCUGCCGCCUGGCUAGACCCAGACGACGCGGAGCUCACGGUGGACCUUAAGUCGCGUAAUCGGCUGCACCAGCUGCGCCGCACUGCAGCAGAGACGACGAUCUCUGGACAGGAGUACGAACAGGACGACUUCGAGAUCAGUUUGUGA